AUGUCCACGCACGAUCCCUCGAGCGACGCAAGCAAGGAGCUCAAGCUCCUGCAUUACAUCUAUGGGCAGCCGAACCUAGAUGAAAUCCGUGGCCAUCCUCAGAAAGUAAUCGAUUUGAUUCAUGAGUUUGAGAAACAAUACUAUUUCAUGAAUGUCGGCCCCGAAAAGGGCGAGGUCGUCACCAGCCUCAUCGAUGAGCUCAAACCAAAGACCAUGAUUGAGCUCGGCUGCUACGUGGGCUAUUCCGCAAUCUUGUUUGGCGAUGCAGUCCGUCGAAAUGGGGGUGAACGCUAUCUGAGUCUCGAGUUGAACCCCGAAUUCGCUGCAAUUGCUAAUAUGCUCAUCGAGUUGGCUGGACUGCGUGACUUCGUGCGUAUCAUCGUCGGCCGAAGCGAUGUCUCGUUAUACAAGGCCCUUACUUCAGGCGACGUGAAGAAUGUGGAGCUUAUCUUCAUCGAUCAUUACAAGCCAGCUUACACCACCGACCUGAAAAUGUGUGAGCAACUCGGGGCUAUUGUCCCGGGCUCGGUACUCGUUGCGGACAAUGUUCUUCGCCCGGGCAACCCGCCAUAUCUGGAAUAUGUCCGCAGCACGGUGGAACAGAAGCGUGAAUUGGCUAAGGUUGGACCUUCCAAGACAUAUGACACCAAUGGCAUUCCCGAGAACUCCGUGAAGAGCUUUGUGGGUAAAGAGGAUGUGCCCACUUUUAAUUUUGUCGGGAACCCGAACUUGGUGUAUCAGAGCCAACUACACCAGCCCGAGGGACUUCGCGAUGCUGUUGAAAUUACAAGAUGUGUGGGAGUGCAGGAAUAA